AUGUCACAAGUGAUAGUAGGGCUGCUUUUCUCUUGGCAUCUGUUGGCAUUUGGAGCAGUGAAGGAGGAAGCUCCUUUCUGUCAGAUCCUGGGGAGUCCAGAGUUUCCUCUGCUGUCUAAGGAGGGAGAUGUCAUGAUUGGGGGAGCCUUUUCCAUCCACAGCAAAAUCACACAACCUCCACUUUCCUUUACAGAGAAACCAUCACGUCUCAUAUGUUCCAGUGUGAACCUCAGGGAGUUUCGAUUUGCCCAGACAAUGAUUUUUGCAAUCCAAGAAAUAAACAAAAGCAAAUAUCUUCUUCCCAAUGUUUCAAUUGGAUACCGUAUUUAUGACAACUGUGGCUCAACAUCAUCCUCAAUGCGUGCUGUGAUGGCCCUGAAGAACGGUGAUGAGUGGACUGUGAGAAAGAGCUGUUCAGGACAAUCAGCUGUUCACGCUAUAAUCGGGGAGUCUGAGUCCUCUUCAACCAUUGUCCUGACACGUACUACUGGACCUUUCAAAAUACCUGUGAUAAGUCAUUCAGCUACUUGUGAGUGUUUGAGCAAUAGGAAGGAGUAUCCCUCUUUCUUUCGAACCAUUGCCAGUGAUCUCUACCAAAGUCGAGCUCUUGCCCAGAUGGUCAAGCACUUUGGCUGGACCUGGGUCAGGGCAGUCAACAGUGACAGUGACUAUGGCAACAACGGCAUGGCCAUCUUCCUUGCUGCAGCCAAGGAGGAAGGAGUGUGUGUGGAGUAUACAGAGAAAUAUCACCGGGCAGAACCAGAAAAACUCAUGAAAGUUGUAGAAGUGAUCCGAAUGAGCACUGCCCGGGUCAUUGUUGGUUUCCUGGCCCACGUAGAGAUGAACAACCUUCUGGAGAAGUUAAGUCUGCACAACAUCACAGGCCUGCUGUUUAUUGGUGUGGAGGCCUGGAUCACUGCUGACAGCCUCGUGACUCCCACCAGCUUUAGUGUGCUAGGAGGUUCACUGGGUUUUGCUGUGCAAAAGGCCAACAUCAGUGGCCUGGAUGAUUUCUUAAUCAAAGAUUUCUGGGGGACAGAGUUUCAGUGUAAGGAGACAAACGGUGACACCAAUGCAGAAACAGCAACAUGCAAAGAAAACCAGGAUCUAAUUGAGUUUAAAGACAAUGAUGAUGAUGUUGCAGAGCUGCGAUACUCCAGUAACAUUUACAAAGCUAUCUAUGCUGUGGCCCAUUCACUGCACAGCCUUUUAAAAUGCUCAGAAAGUCAGGGGUGUGACAGGAUGAUAAAGGUUACUCCUUGGCAGGUAGUGGAGUCUUUGGAGCAGGUCAAUUUUACCAUUAACAACGGAGACCGGGUGUGGUUUGACAGCACUGGAGCAGCUGUGGCUAAGUAUGAGGUGGUGAACUGGCAGCGUGGAUCAGAUGACACAUGA